AGUGAAGCGUAUUCCGGAUAUGAUGUAUUCUGCCCGUAUAGAUGCUGUCAAAGAGUACUGAAGGAAACAAGGAGAGAUCAUUGAUGACGUGUUGGCACGUCCAAAAAUGCUCCAUCAUGAGCAAUACAUGGAAGGUAAGGUUUGGUGGUGCAGCGAGGAAGCAUGGCCACAUUUAUGUACUUGGUGGUGUUGUGAUGACUAUAAAGCCAAACGAGAGAAAGCUCGGCGUGCACGCUUGAGCCCAACUGAUGUUGCACAAAAUCAUGGUGGCUCAUGUAAAUUCACUGAAACGAAACAACUACUGAAACACAAAUAUGGGCCCGAGAAAGCUUCUGACCUCAAGACAUACCAAGUGAUGAAGUCAGGCAUGAAAAACAUUGAUCUAGCCACUGGAGAUAGUGGUCCAAUAAGCAGCCAAAAAGUCCACAAACGUCUUAAUGAUUAUGCAACAUCUGCUAGUGCUGAACAUCCCGAUGAUUGGGAUCAACGACCUUUUGAUCCAGCUAUUCUCUAUGACAUCAAUGGUGGCUUGCUUCAUGGGAGACUCCCACUGGGAGUUGGUGCUUUGAGUAAAACUAGUGCUAAGUCAGCUGCUAGAUCAAACAAUAUGAAGCCAUCCAAUUCUAGCUCCUACCGAGCAGUUCUACGUGAAAAUCAAGAACUUCGCUAG